AUGUCUCACAAGUUGGCAAAUGUGCCGCCUGUGCCCAGUAGAAUCCAGAUGAUAGAUAAUGACGACGAUAUGGAUGACUACACGCCCGUGGAAGGGGUUCCAAGGCCUCAACUGGGGCGACUAGUGAUCAGAGAUGUCCGGGUCGGAGCUUUCAACCAGGUUUCCUCGCUUUCUGGGGUACCAUACGUGGUCUGGACGGUUCACAUCCAUCUCAGCACCGGAACGACACUCACAAUUCAUAAACGGUACUCGGAGUUUGUGAAGUUGCGUACGCGUAUUCUCGAACUAUUUCCACAGCUCGCUACGUAUUCGAUCAAUUCGGGGGCAAAGACUGGUAAAGCGAAGCUGAAGUUUAGGAGCAUUCCGAAGUUGACGAGCCUGGGGUCGAACGAUCUUUUCUGGAAAUUUGGCAAGAGCGAAAGAAGCAAGGCGAGCUUUUUGGAUGGUGAGCGGCGUCACCAACUCGAGGUGUUUGUCAGUUUUGUGUUUCUCGAUCCGACUUUGGGGUCGAGUGAGGUUAUUAAGCGGUUUAUCCUUGAAUAA